CCUCAUGUACACACUCAAUACCAGACACAAGGACAAGACACAAGCUCUCUAAAACCGCCUAUAGCCCAGUUAUGAAGGUCUUAGUGGUGCUUGCUCUUGCUGUUUUCACUGGCUGCAAUGCCAAUGUUCUGUGGCAGGACCAGUCUAAGCAACAGCUGGAGAUUGUGAAAGACGCAUUCUGGGACUAUGUUGCCAAGGCAACACUCACGGCUGACAACACCCUGCAGAAGAUCAGACAGUCAGAGGUGGCGCACGAAGUCAACACCAGGAUCACAGAGAGUGCUGAUGCUGUGACCCAGUACACCGUGUUCAUGCGUGGUCAGGUGACUCCUCUGACUCAGGACCUGUUGGCCAAGCUUUCCCAGGAGGCCGAGCAGCUGAAGGCUCGUCUGGAGAAGGACCUGAGCACCAUGACAGCCAAGCUGCAGCCCUACUCUGACGAGCUGAACGCGGACCUCCAGAGGCAGGUAGAGGAGAUGAAGAGGGACGUGACCACCUACGCAGAGGCCCUGGACUCCGACACCCUGAAGGCCACUCUGCUCCAGAAGAGCGAGGAGCUAAGGGGAAGCCUGGAGAAGAGUGUGCAGCAGCUGCAGGCCCAGCUGGGCCCCUACACUGAGGAGCUGAAGCAGAAAAUGGACCAGAACCUGGAGGAGUUCCAGAGGAACAUGAUUCCUCUGACCCAAAGCUUCCAGACCCAGCUGAUCCAGAGAACCAAGGAGGUCCAGCAGAACCUGGCCCCCUAUGGAGAGGAGCUGAAGAAGCUGGACCCAUUGGCCCAGGACCUGAAGGCCCAACUGGCUGUUCUCUGGGAUUCCUUCACCAAGAAGAUCCAGUAAUCGGACUGAUUAUACUUGGUCUACUAGAACUGUGUACUGAUUAAUCAGUUUCCAUCGAAGUCCAAAAGGGGCAAUAUGUAAAUGUCCCCGUACAUACCACCACUAGGUUGUUUCACUGUAUCAGUUAUGGGACUCUCCAUCUCCUGACCAAUAUCAACAUGUGACUCAGGACCAUAUUACAGUAUUACAGAAGCUGUUAGAAAACAAAUGUAGGAUUCUAUCAACAAUAGAUUCAUCACAUCUACUGUUUCUCUCUUGAGAAAGGUCUCAAUUUCUUCAAGCAAACUUUCUCAUAUCUCAGCAUAUUUAUUUAUUUAUUGUCAGUAUUAUCAUGUGUGAUUUCAAUAAAUGAAACUCAAGAAGCUGAA